AAAUGUUUACAGAAACUAUUUUUUUACACCAAACUUUGACAUAUGUUCUAUGAGCUCGCAAACUUUGGUCAUGAAACCAGACGUGUGCGUCGCACCAACCCCCGCGUUGCCCUCCUCCUAGGAGACACGGGGAACCCCUAGACGCCGCCCAGCGGGUCCCCUCCCCCCGCCCUCACUCGCAUCGUCGUCGACGGAGGGUCAGCCGGCGAAGUCGCGCCGGACCCCAGGAGGGGGGGGGGGGGGGGGGGGGGGAUCUGAUGUGUUGCGCCUCCCCGGAACACACCACCCACCCACCCCCCUCAUGGUGGAUCUCGCACACCACGCGAGCACCCCGGAGCCCCUCCCAUGGCGUCUGCGUGCAGCCCCACCCCCCUCCCGUGGCUGAUGGCUGGUCUGGCACCUCCUGCAGGCCUCCUCCUCGUGUCCUCAAGCAAUUGCGUCCGCCCUCCCCCGACGGGAUCUGGAGCUUCGCCUUCGACCGACAGCGACGUCCCCAGCUCUCUGUGUCUCCUCCGGCGGACGGGCGCCCUGUCCGUGCUGCGGAUCCUCUCCCCACACCCCUCCCUCACGAGCUUCGGACAGGCCCCCCUCGGGCAGCGGCCUCGGAGGCGCGGCCAGGAUUCGGCUUUACGCGUGCCCACCACCACCACCACCCCGGUAGGGGCGACCUGCGGUUCCUCCAGCGUCCAUGGUUGGUCGGGUCGGCUCUGGGCCCGACGCGCCCCAGAAGUUGCGUUCCUUCCGGCUCCCUUGGCUCGUCGGCUCGUCGGCGUCUCUGGACCCCCACCCUGUCGGCACUUUGAUUGGCCGCCCAUCCCGAUGCGUCUUCAACUCUAGCAUUCUCCGGGAGCUGCACCCCAUUUCGGCUCCCUGGUCUCGUCGGCGUCCUUGUUGCUUCGGUCCCGAUGACCUGGAUCUGCGCUACCCUCAGGAUCGUGGUUCGCUCGGGCCACCGGCCAUCGUCAUCCGCCACCGCUUCUCAUUCCGCCUAGUCACCCAUCGGCUGCCUCCGUGCCUCGUCGGUCCCUCCUACGCUUCUUUGCUCGCGCGCCCGCAUUGCUCCCACUCUUGUGGUUGUGGUUCACGCCUUAGCCCGACUUCUUCUUCGUUGAUUCCUGCUCUGAUGGUUUGGGAUUGCUCGGACUCUGGCUAGGGCGAAAUCCCUUCAUCUUUUGCUGGCAGCAGUGACACCCGAGGGUGUCGUCCCCUUCUUGGAGGCGCUUUCACGACCGAUGUUUUGUGCCCCUCUUCGAGCAUCAGGGAAAACCCUAGGUCCAGUUAUCUGGAUCGAACGGCGAUUGCGUCUCGGCGUCAUUCUCCUUCGUGAAGGUGUUGCCUUGGUUGCUUGAGGCGUCCUCGGUUCUGAAUGUGGAGAUGUUGGUCGUCGUGGUCCACGCUACUUCCCAGUAUAGCGAGCUUAGCUGUGUUUUUUUCCUUUUUGGGUCGAGCAUCAUAUGCCUUUCUGCUCCGUGCACCAUGUUCACGCCUUGGCGUCCGUGUCAUGUGUUGUAUCACUUUUUGUACUCGUUCUAAUUUCUUCUAAAAUGAUCAAAACUCUGAAAA